AUGAUACAUAAUACUCUUCAGAGAGUGGACGAAGACAACGACGACAUGCUGCAUCAACCGCCUAUCAUCCCCAGGCCGCCUGUUCCUCGGCCAGCACGGUCCUCUUCCGGCGGCUCGACCGUUCACACCUCCCCCGCCACAACCGCCAGCUCAUCCGUAAUCAAGCUUCAGUUCAUCAACACAGCUCACCCCAGUGAAUCUACCUCGGCCAAACGCAUCAGCCAGAUCCGGUCUCACGUAGCCAAAGACUCCCACGCCCGGCGCCGCCAGCGCAAGGCGGGCAAGGCCUGCUGUUCAUCAUCUGCGUCUGCAUCUGCAACUGCAACUGCAACUGCAACUGCAGCUUCAGCCGUGGCUGCGGAUUCGCCCGCCCGGACCGAGAGCCCGGGCUCCGACUCCACCUCGACAAACGCGGUUGCACUGCCGGUUCGAGCACGGCUGGAUGUUGGCGGAAAGGAGGGGAUGCUGGUGUCCUCCCGGGGGUUUCGGAGAAUUGCACCAAAGACGGGAGCCCUGGAUCGGAAUGCGGAGGUGCCUUGCCCUAGGAAGCUGAUUGGCGAUGCGAGGAGGGAUGGGUGGAACGGGGCCUUUGCCUGGGAAUUGACGGAUGACGAAUACGCAACGUUUAAUUUCUACUUGGAUUGGGUUCUCAAGUAUGGCUAUGAAAUCUGCUUCCCCCGCGACCAGGUCGCUCCCGUCAUGAAGCGCAUGAAAUCAUCCUUUGUUCCCUUUGCCAUCAAGUAUCCUAGCCUCCUCGCGUGUAUUUUCUAUAUCGCCUAUCACAGGCGCGCCCUCAACUCGAAAGACCCGGAAGAGGUAGCCAAAUGCAACCUGAAAGUUGAGAGGUAUCGUCUUGCCUGCAUUGAGAUGAUGAAGAAGGCAAUCGAGGGUGAAGAGCGGCCGACCUAUCAGACCAUUACGCUGGCUAUGCAGUUGUGUUCAGAAGCGUACUUUGAGGGUCACACCGACGUCUCGUUUACCCAUGCCCAUGCCGCAAGGACCAUGGUGUCGGCAAGAGGAGGCCUCGAGAGCUUUGAGAACGUGGGCAUCUAUGGCCUCAUAUCCUUCUUGCUGGCAACCUCAGUGUACAGCGGGAAUUACUGGUUCGUUCCCGGUUGUGCGAGGGCGCCCGAGGACUAA